AUGGCGGUGUCCAAGAUGACUAAGGCGAUCGCCGAUGGGUACGUACCUCUAAACGGCGAAGGUUCGAUGCGAGUUGAAAAAUUUGUGGCUCUAUCAGCCAACUGGCACACUAAUACUCUAACCUCGAAGAAGCAUCACGACCUCCCGCCGAGGAUACCACAACACACCCAGCAAGAAGCAUCUUCCGAUCCUCAACUUUUGAGCGCGUGGAAGACUAACCGACAAGAUGCCUACGGAAGCUGGUCACCGAUUAUACGUCAACAAUUAUCGGACCGUCCUAAACUCGAGGAUCGCGAUGAUGUCGGCAACGGGGGUCGCCACCUGAGCUACCAGCGCAGCAAGCAUGCCACCAACCCCUCCAUCAGCUUGAUCAAGAUCGAGGGUGUUGACGACACCAACGCCGCCAACUUCUACCUCGGCAAGAAGGUUGCUUUCGUCUACAAGGCUUCCACAGAGAAGAGGGGCUCCAAGAUCCGAGUUAUCUGGGGCAAGGUCACCAGGUCACACGGCAACUCCGGCGUCGUCCGCGCCAAGUUCACCCGUCCUCUUCCCACUCGCUCUUUCGGUGCUUCUGUCCGCAUUAUGCUUUACCCUUCGUCGAUAUAA